AUGGCAGAAACAGAUUCUUACACCAAACAUCAUCAACUAUUAAAACAACAAAACCAAACAAACCCAAACAAGCACAACACAAGUUUCCUUUACAAAAAAGCUGUUGUAAUCAUCAUUUUCUUGGUUAUAAUCCCAGUUUUUCCCUCACAAGCACCUGAAUUCAUCAACCAAACACUGUUGAACCGUAGCUGGGAGCUUCUCCGCUUGUUGUUAUUCGGCAUAGCUGUUUCUUACGGGCUUUUUAGUCAACGAAACGAUGAAACCGAUAAAGAACCCAACAAGAACCAGUCCAUGUUCGAUAAUGUACAGUGUUUCGUGUCUAGAUUCCUUCAGGUAUCGUCGUUUUUCGAUGAUGAAGCUGAAAACAUGUCUGGGUCUGAUGAGAGUAAGGUCCAGAUAUGGAGUAGUCAAUAUUAUAGGAAUGAAGUACCUACUGUUUUGGUAGCUAAAAAGAAAGGUGAUGAUGAAAUUGAAAAGCCUUUGCUUUUGCCUGUUAGGAGCUUGAAAUCAUCGAGUGUUAUGGAGGUCAAUAAUGGUGAGAAUAACGUUGUUCUUCCUUCACUAAUUCCAUGGCGGUCAAGGGAUGGUGAUAUAGUGAAGAACAAGACAAGUUACAGGUCUCCAUCACCGCCGCCGCCUCCACCGCCAUUAUUGAAACAAAGGGACUAUGUUGAUGGUGAAAUUGAACAUAGGAUGGAAACUAGUGAUGAUGAUGAUGGUACAGAGAGUGAGGAUGAAGAUGAAAUUGUUGGCAAAACAUGCAUUGUUUCAAGCACCAACAAUGGUGAAAACAAUGAGGAAGCUGUUGGUCCAAGCAAUGGUAUAGAUGGAGGAUCUGAUGUUGAUAAAAAGGCUGAUGAAUUUAUAGCUAAAGUUAGAGAACAGAUUAGGCUUCAAAGGAUUGAUUCUAUUAAGAGAUCAAGUGGUCAAAUCAAGAGAAACUCUACAAGCGUAGAGGGGAGGUUAUCUGAUCCAGUCUUGCACCUUCAAACUUUAUUAAAGUUAAAUUCUGUGAAGGCUGAAUUGAGAGACAAAUUCGAGGUUAAAUUCCAGCUGAAAAUAAUACAUUUGUUGAGUGUCCAAACUCCGAAACCAACCCUCUCUGAAAAGAAAAAGAAACUUGGUUUGUUAAGAUCUGUGUUUGAUAUGAGUGUGUAUUGGUUCCAUUUCGGUUUUUAA